AUGCUUUCCAAAAGGGUCCUUGUUGCUGCAGCAGCCGUUGCAGGCUGCUGCGCCCUGUUGGCCCUGCCCCCGCGGGCAGCAGCACAAGAAGCUGCUGCUGCAGAGGAGGGCUCCCCGCGGGGCUUUUACCCGUUUCUGGUGGUGCCGCUGAUGAGCAGCAGCAGCAGCAGCAGCAGCAGCAGCACCCCCACCACCACCGCGAACGCGCGGCUGCUGCUGUGGCAGGAACAGGUGAAGGCGCAGCAGCAAAGCAGCAAAGAAAAGCUGCAAGCUUCUUAUGAAGACUUGGUGUCUCUUUGGAAAGAAGCAGCAGAAGCAGCAAAACGGCGCUCGAGGAGGCAGCAAGAAGUUUCCAAAAUGAACCAGCAAGACAUGCAAGACACCUGGGCAGCUUUCUCCCGCUGGCUGCAGCAGCUCCUCGCCCCGCAGCAGCCCAGCAGCAGCAGCAGCAGCAGCAGCAGCAGCGCCCCGCUGCAGCAAGUCCUCAUGCAGGCCCAGCUCGCCCCAGCAGCAGAUUCCCAGACUGUCGUUGUGAGCAGCAGCAGCAGCAAGAGCAGCAGCAGCAAGAGCAGCAGCAGCAGCAGGACGCAGCUGAGGAGACGCCCGCUGUUGCCCCCCGUGAGGAGCUGGUGA